GGGAUGAGUCACAGUGAGAGAGAUCUGCUUUGCAGUACUUCUCUUUUUUAAAGAUUUCAACCCGCUGCCAUUGCCCUCCCCUACUCUGUUCUCAUUUUCACUCUAUCUACCACUAAAGUUAGUGGGAGAGGCAGAGGGCAGGUCAGUGUUCAACACCUUGAACAUGCCAUUCGAUUAGCUUUAGACACACCCUUGGAUUAUAUUUUUUUUUUUUUUUUUUUUUUUUUACUCCCGUCAACAUAAUCUGACUCUCUCUUUUUUUUUUUUUUAAAGAUCAUUUCUUUUUAUCUCAUAUUUUCCAAGAUUUUGAUAUGUUUUCCACCAUAACCAUGGAGUUUGACAUGAAAGCCCUGAACCUUUAAGGUUUAGAUGCCCAAGACGCAGUUGGAGUGAGAAGAAUCCUCCUCCAUCACGCAGUCACGCAAUCCUCCGCCAACUCUGUCCGUCAUCUGGAGAAAAAAACAACAAAAAAAACAGAAGCGUGAAGGACCAAAAAAGGGAACUCUGUUUUUGCAUAACAGUGCCUCUCAUUUUGUGAAAGCAGCAGAUUACCUCAGCAGUGUUCCUGCCUCAGAGUGCUUCCUGUGCCGUGGGGUGUGGUGUGGAGCGAAGAGGUCCGGGGAGUGCGUGGAGGGGUAGGAACCCUUUGCCUGUCAGCCUGUGUCCUACCCUUUCUCUCCCUACAACACCAUGACCACUGUGGUCCAGUCCAGCGAGCUUGUCUUUGAGUUCGCCAGUAAUGGGAUGGAUGAAAUCAAUCAGCUGGACGACCCUUCAGUGUUCCCAGCGGUGAUCGUGGAGCAGGUGCCUGCUGCCGACCUCAUGCAGGUGUACUCUGGACUGGAGGCAGAUGAGGUGACUAAUGGCAUCAUGGUGGAUGCCAUUCAGGAUGUGGUGGAAGAGAGCAUGAUGGGAGAUGUGGGGCUCUCUGUAGAGACCCCUGUCUCAAGUGGAGAGGACAAUAUGGAGACCAUCGAGGCAGCUGAAGCCCUACUGAACAUGGAAUCUCCCAAUAACAUCCUGGAUGAGAAACGCAUGAUUCACACAUAUGGGAAUAUCCUGGAAUCAGACCUGACCUACAUUUCCCUGCGUCCAGAACAGCUCUCAAACGGCUGCAUGGAUGUUCCCCUGGAUGAGGAGACAUCCUCCAUGGAUGAGAUUCCUCAAAAGAACCUUUCCAAGCCUAUCAGGAAAAGCAAAGCGCGCAAACCAAGACCAGUGCGGCCCUGCUCUCCUAUCACCAAUCCAACUCUCCCAUUGAAGAAAAAGAGCAAAGAGGGCAAAGGUAACACUAUCUACCUGUGGGAGUUUCUCCUGGCCUUGCUGCAAGACAAAAACACCUGUCCCAAAUACAUCAAAUGGACGCAGAGAGAGAAGGGCAUUUUUAAGCUGGUGGACUCCAAGGCUGUCUCCAAGCUGUGGGGCAAGCACAAAAACAAGCCUGAUAUGAACUACGAAACCAUGGGGAGAGCACUCAGGUACUAUUACCAGAGGGGUAUACUGGCCAAGGUUGAAGGACAGAGGCUUGUUUACCAGUUUAAGGAGAUGCCCUCAGAUCUGGUCAUUAUUGAUGAGGAUGAUAGCCAAGGGGACGAUACCAGUUCUGGUUAUGGAGGGCAACGGUCUGCUCCUCACGGACGGGCAGUGGGCCGCGGUUCAUCACGUGCACAGGGGAAGAGCGCGCAGGUGAAGUCAGUGAAGAGAGAGAUGAGUCCCGGGCUGAACAGCAAUGGAAAACAAGCAGAACAGCUGAUGCAGACAGUCCAUGUUCUUCAGCCAAAUCAAGGAGCUGCUGUCCCAGCGUCUACACACUCCAUAAGGACUAUAAAUAUGCCAGGCUCUGUUCCCAUGGUACUCACGUCAGGAGCUCAAGGAGGUGGUCCAGUCACCCUGCAGACCUUGCCGCUGCCCUCUGUUCUGACCAAUGGGGAUUCCUCCACACAUGCCUCGCCACCUCGGGUCAUUCUCCACACUGUGCCUUCCACCAGCCCUGGCAGUAAAGAUGUGCUCACCAUCCAGACUGCCUCUCUGACGACAGACAGCAUCCAGUCCCAGCAGCUCCUUGUGUCCACUCUGGGUUCAUCCAGUGGAGCUGUCAUCAGCACCACACCACAGCAAGCCGGCUCUCUUAAUGGCAUCACCCGCCUGGUCACUCUCAAUGCCAACGGGCAGCCCGUAGUGGCCCAGCAGCCUGGAACGGUCAUCGCCACUGUCCUGAAGCCCAGUGAACUUCAAAGCCUGCAGGUGAAGGAGGAGAUCCUAGACCCCCAGUACCUCCAAUCUCUGGUCAACAGCAACCCUAAUGUGGCCUCGUAUGGCAAAGAUGAGCUCGAGGAAGGAGUGGCAGAGCUGAGCUACAGAACUGUGAUCAUCAACAGUGCAGGUCAGGAGCUGUGCCAGACCCUCAACGGACACUCGGACAUGGGCUCGCAGCUGGCCAGCAGCCCUAGUGAGGGGCUGACCCCUGUGGAGGAGCUAGAAGUGAGGGGAGAAGUGGCUCUGCAUCCGGAGUCUGAGGCUAAAGAGCUGUUAGAGGGCUCUCAAGGUCUGCAAGAAUUGCAGGGCACCAUGCAGAUACCCGCAUCCCACUUCAUCCAGGUCAAGGCGGAACCGGCUGAGACCUAAACUUUCAGCUGAAGCAGGGAAAUGUGGACACAAUCGACCAACACAUGAAAAAAAACUGGAUUUCAGUGGAGCAUAUUAUCUGUAAUUUAUUGCUCUUGAUUGUUUAGAAAGGGCGUGGACCCGAAGACUGCUGUUUACUCAAAGUUAUUGUGAUAUUGUGCCUAAACCGACCAUGAUGUCAUGAUGAAAGCUCUUUGGUUUGCUCUCUGUCACUUCCAAACUCCCAACAGGAGAGCAGCCAUUCUCCAACCAGGGAUAAUCCCACCAUAUGUGCCAGUUGAGAUGUUUCUGUCUCUUAUCAUAUCCACAGACAAAUCCAAAGACUUUAUCCAGCAGAGAGACCAAAGGAGGAGUUGGUGGGAAGCCAAAAAGAAACCAACAACACACCAUUGACAUUGAAAAAACACACACACAGUUGCUUAGGACAUAAAAGAUGGAGAAACUUUUUUUUAUUAUUAUUUUUUUUUUGUAGCCAUCUUCAAGGACUUCAAAAGGAUGCAUAUUGGAAUAAGACUGAAAGAGUGCCUAGGUGGUUAAUGCUUUGUUUUGGAAGUGAUGCUUUGAAGGGGAAGAUUGUAUGAUUCACUCUGCUUUUAAUACAGAAUUAUGACAUUAUCUCAUCCCCCUCACACCAUCAGAACUGAAGAGGUUAUUCUUUUUCAUCACACACAAAUUUAAAAGCACUGCGCUUUUAUGGAAAUGGGCAUUGCCUGUCAAAAGAGACAGUUCAAGUAGACUUUGUUUGUAUAUACUGUAGCAACAGACCAGAGAAUAUAGUGACAAAUUCCAAAAUCAGCUGCAAAGUAUUUCCCCAUUAUAAUCUUGUUCAUAUGAAAUGGAACACAGUAUACAUAAAUAUAUAUAAAUAUAUAAUAUACAACUAAGAUUCAAUUUAUGGCCACAAAUUUAUUUAUUUUCUGAAUUUCUAAAUUCUGUGUAAAAAGUCUUUUUUAAACAAAUGCAAAAAUGAGGGAAAAUAUGCAGUAUGUAGGGCUAAUUUUACCUAUAAGAAUCCAGUAUGUGUGUAUUGUUGUAUUUUUCCAAUUUAAAGCAUUCCAUGUAAUCUGCACACCUUUCAUAUUUUAUCUAUUUUUCAAUAUAAUGGGAUCUGAACUUAGCUUUAUGAGAUUGAGCUAUCAUGCUGUUCUUAUUCACUGUGAUGUGUUUAAAGCCAUUUUUACAGAGUGUAUGUGCUAUAAAUGUGAUGUUCUUUGG